AUGAACGACGCCGACCUGGGCGACAACAUCGAAGAGCGCAUCGGCCAGCUCGAGCAGUCCAAGGAGCGCCGUGACAAGCGCUUCGCCAACGAUGUCGCCCACCUCGACCCGAGCCGCUGGUGGUUCGCCUCCUCCGCCUUCCCCAUGAUCGCCGGCACCCUCGGCCCCGUCGCCUCGGCCUUUUCCAUCUGCGCCCUCGUCCGCCCGUGGCGCCAGCGCUUCCCGCCGGGCACCGACAUCGCCGCCGCCCCCUUUGUCGAGGAUCCGAAGUGGCUCAUCAUCAUCAACGCCAUCCAGCUCGCCAUAGCAAUCAUCUCCAACGUCUUCCUCCUCCUCAACAUGGCCCGCCGUGUGCGCUUCUCCCUCGCUCAGCCUGUCACCAUCGUCGGCUGGUACCUCUCGGCCGUCUGUCUCGUCACCCUUAACGCCACUGCCGCCGGGCCCCUCGCCCUCGAGCCCGCCGACGAGCACAUCCUCUCCCAGGCCUUCUACUACGGCAUGUUCGCCGCCAUCCUCUACUUCGUCACCGCCUCCCUCAUGGUCGUCACCGUCUACGGCGCCCACGCCCGCCACUACGCCGAGGACUUUCAGCUCACCACCGCCCAGCGCACCCUCAUGCUGCAGACCAUCCUCUUCCUCCUCUACCUCCUCCUCGGCGCCCUCGUCUUCUCCACUAUCGAGGGUUGGACCUACCUUGACGCCGUCUAUUGGGCCAACGUCACCCUCUUCACCGUCGGUUUCGGCGACUACGCCGCCGCCUCCCCGCUCGGCCGCGCCCUGCUCAUCCCCUACGCUCUCAUCGGCGUCAUCAGCCUCGGUCUCGUCAUCGGCUCCAUCCGCACCCUCGUCCUCGAGCGCGGCCGCCGCCGCCUCGACGCCCGCAUGGUCGAGAAGAAGCGCCGCCAUCUCAUCCAGAGCAUGACCCGCAAGGGCAACGACGAGAUCCUCAAGCCCAUUCAUGAGGAAUCCGAGGCCGCUUCUUCCGCGUCUCCAAGCUCGUCUUCGUCUCCCGCCACCGAGCUCGAGCGCCGCGAGAGGGAGUUCGACCUCAUGCGUAAGAUUCAAAACCAGGCCUCCGUCCGCCGCCGCUGGAUGGCCAUGUCCGUCUCCUUCUCCUCCUGGCUCGUCCUCUGGCUUGUCGGCGCAAAAGUCUUCCAGGAGUGCGAGCGGCCCUACCAGAACUGGUCCUACUUUGACGGCUUCUACUUCGCCUUCGUCACCCUGACCACCAUCGGCUACGGCGACCGCACCCCGAUCUCCAACGCCGGCAAGGCCUUCUUCGUCUUCUGGUCCCUGCUGGCCCUGCCGACCAUGACCGUCAUGAUCUCCAACGCCGGCGACACCGUCGUCAAGGCCGUCCGCGACGCCACCCUCGAGCUGGGCAGUAUUACGAUCCUACCAGGCGAGCGCGGCUUUCAUAAGGAUCUCAUGUCCUUCCUUCACCGCCUCACCUGCGGCUUCCUCUUUCACCCUUCCGACAGGAACUCGGACUUGGACUCGGAGCGCGAAGAGGAGGAAGAAGAAGAGAACGAAGAACACAACGACGACGACGAUGAAGAGCUCCCGCCGGGCUUCCUCUCCAACGCUCACCGCCUACGUCAGUCACGCCCCGAAGAAGACGGUGACACCGACGAGACGGAAGCAUACAACACCCGUGACCAGGACCGCAAACACCCCUCCGGCCCCCUACUACAGACCCUCCAGCAGCAAUCGUCAUCAUCGUCAGACCCCACCGCCAGCCGAGAGAAACAACCCGGUCAGCAGCAACAGCAGCAGCGGCAGCGACGCCGUCGCCCCCGGACCUCGUCCCGCACCCGCUCUCCCGUCACCGCCCUCCCAUCCUCCCGCGCAGACUUCCACUUCCUCCUCAUCUCCGAGAUCGCCGCCGUCAGGCAGCACGCCAAAGAGAAGCCCGCGCGGCGGUAUACCUUUGCCGAGUGGGCGUGGUACCUGAAGCUCAUCGGCGAGGACGAGUCCAGCUCCGCGACGCACCGCAAGGCGCGCCCGCACAUCCACUCCAAGAAGAAGAAGAUGGAGAACGGCAAGAGGAGCAAGGAGACCCGGGAAGGCGUCGUUGUCGACGACGACGAGGAAGGCGAAUGCCCCGACGAGGACAAGUGGUCCUGGGUCGGGUCGCAGUCGCCGCUGAUGGGCAGCCAGGAGGAGUGCGAGUGGAUCCUGGAGAAGCUCAUGGACAAGCUGCGGGACGAGCUUGACGUAGUGCGCGGCGAGGAGGCUGCUCGAGAGUGGGAGCACGACGGAUAG